UCAGGAUAUAUUGGUGCUAUUGGUGAGGGGGGACGGGGUGUCAGGCUGGCAUGGGUGCCCAGAGGACCUCGCAAUGCUAUCCCUGGAUAGGUUGGGGACAGCCUGGGUGCCAGGUCUGGGAGGGCCAGGGUGCUAUGACUUCACUGGCUACCUCUCCCUCCUCCAGCAUCUUGGAAGUGUGCUGUUUGUCUCUGUGUUUCUCUGUGGCUCUUCUUCAUUUUGGUUCUUUCCCUUCAUGCCAGGCUCCUGAUCUCCACAGGCAAGGAGAAGGUAGCAGCCAUGGUUGUGGUAGGGUUACCCUCUCUGGGAUACAGGAGAAGAGCCCUUGCUGCCCAGGCACCAGAGCUGCUGGCUUAGCCCUGGAGGGGGAUGCCGAGCCAGACGGGGUCAAACACGACGGACAGCCUAGAGCUGCUCUCCGUCCCCGAGCACUCCAUUGCCCAUGAAGUGGUGGGCCUUUUCUGCAUGAUCCUGCUCACUCUCACGGCCCUGGUGGCAAACAUCGUGGUGAUGGUCAUCAUCCUCAAAACGCCCCUUUUCAAGAAGUUCAUCUUUGUCUGCCACCUCUGUGUGGUCAAUCUCCUCUCAGCCAUUUUCCUCAUGCCCCUGGGGAUCAUCUCCAGCUCUUCCUGUUUCAACUGGGUGAUCUACAGCAUUGCUGAGUGCAAGGCCGUGAUAUUCCUGAAUAUCUGCUUCAUCUGUGCCUCCAUUCUCACCAUCUCUAUCAUCAGCGUGGAGCGGUACUACUACAUUGUCCAUCCAUUGAGGUAUGAGGUCAAGAUGACCAUCAGGCUGGCAGUGGCUGGAGUAAUUUUCAUUUGGGUCAAGUCUGUUCUCAUCACUGUCUUGGCACUAGUGGCGUGGCCUCAUGGCAAUGGGGCCACCAGCGCCAGCCGCUGCACAGUCUACUGGAGCCCUGGGGCUCAUAAGAAGGUUUUUGUGAUCCUCUUCAGCAUCACCUGCUUUAUUCUGCCCACCAUCAUUAUCCUUGCUGUCUACUCCAGCAUCUACCGCGUGGCCCGGACUGCGUCCCUGCAGCAGGCACCUGUGCCGGCACAGGCAGUUGCACCUAGGCACCGAUGUGACUCCAUCGCCAGCCAAGUGACCAUCCUCACUGCCAGGAUCCUGAUGCUGCCCAGGCUGAUCCCAGAUCGCCUUUUGGGAAGCAACAAGGCCAUCCUCACCUUGGUCCUCAUUGUGGGACAGUUCUUGUGCUGCUGGCUGCCUUUCUUUGCUUUCCACUUGCACUCCUCUGUCACUGUUGGCACUGUGGUUGGUGGGCACGGGGAGAUGGUGGUCACCUGGAUUGCCUACUCCUCCUUUGCUGUUAAUCCCUUCUUCUAUGGGCUGCUGAACCGCCAAAUCCGUGAGGAGCUGGCCCGGCUCCGGCGCAGCUGUCUUAACCAUCCUCUGGGUCAGGAGCUCUGUCUUUCCAUCUCAGAGGCUUCUGUUCAGGAAAACUUCUUGCAGUUCCUCCAGAGAGCAACUUACACACUGGAGACCCACACCAGCUGCAUCAGCCCCAGCCCCAGGAACAGGCUGGACCAGACUACAAGAGGCUUCCCCACCCCAGGUCAAGUUUCUGAAGAGAGCAGCUGAGAAGAAGCCUCUGUUCCAUUGUGCUGGGCAGGAGACCUGCCAGAGACCCAUUGGACUUGCUUGGACCCAAUCUCUUGGAUUUUGGAGUCCUUGUUCAGGCUGGAAUUGUCUCUGGCUCCACCAGCACAGCCCAGUUCCAGGAAUGGGCUCUCCUCAGGGGGCUCCUGCGCAGGGGCAGGGGAUGGGACACCUCCAUCUCCAUUGCCCUGGUUUGAGCUCUCCUGGCCAGUGGGGAAGAGCAUAUGUCCCAUGCACCCUAUCCAGGAGCAAUGUUCCAGCUAAUGCCACUAACACCAGUAACACCAGGGCCCUGAGCUCCCUGCUGAGCCUGGAUGGCAAACAUGGAGACCUCCGUCUUGGCUUUUUAACCCAAAACUAAUGUCUGUGUGGAGGAGAUCCUGCUCCCUGUGACACUGAUCAGGGGAACACACCCACAGGGCUGGAUCUGGCUGUGUCACUGUUUGUCCUGCUGCCAUGGUAGCAUGCAAUGCCUGUGGCCAUGCCUGUGGCCAUGCCUGGCUGUGCCCUCUGUCCCCCUCAGCUGGCAGUGAUCAGUCCCCUGGGGGGGAACUGGCUGUCUGGGGGUCCAUGCUGGGCUGUUUAUGGACAGAUGGGCUGCCCAGUUUGAAGCCUGGUCAGCAGUGCCACAUGUGAGCCAACUUGGGCUGCUGGCCAAGGGCAUGCUGGGUUGGACAUGGUGAGACAGCGUGG